ACUCCCACAAUGCUCGCGCGCCCCAUAACUCUGCUGCUGCAGCCUGAGGAGCGCGAGACACUCAGGCCCCGAAAAAAGAAAAAUUAGAGAAAAAAAUUGGGAAAAAUAAUAAAACAACAGAUCAAGAGGAGAAAGACCGGGAACGGUGGCGUGGGGCUCCCACGGGUGAAGAUAAUGAUGAGCAGUAUUGUCACCCUCUCGGCCCCAGUCAUGGCAGGUGGGACUGGAUGAGAGCGUGAAGGUAAACGAAAAAGACAUGAAAAGCACUUAACUUAAGUUUUCAGCACAUACAAAAAGGAUAGCAGACAAUUUUGGAGCCUGCAUCCCCUUAAACGUCGCCGUGAUAUCGAACCAGAGCCUGCAAGGCAAGGCAGCCACGGCCGAGUUUCAAUGGCAACGGCACCCUAGGGCUGCCAUGGCAGCAGCUGCCGCCGAUGCCUCACACCAUAUUGCCACACUGACGCUGGAGGACGAGGAACGACGAGGCGCCACCAAAUUGUUUGGAGGUCCCGCUGCAGGGAGGACGGAAAGAGAGACAGAGAACGAGAAAGAGAGGGAGAGGGAAGGGAGAGGCAGUGGGGACGAGUGUUUGGUGUGCGGUGCACUCUUCGGCUCACAGGACAAGCUCCGGCUCCACGCGUUCUGUCACACAGGAGAGAAACCUUUCCACUGUUCCCAGCCCCAUUGCCCUAAAGCUUUCAGCUCCAAAUAUAAGCUCUUUAGGCAUAUGGCCACACACUCCCCACAGAAGACUCAUCAGUGCUCAUUCUGUGAAAAGAUGUUUCACCGCAAAGAUCACCUGAAAAACCAUCUGCAGACUCACGACCCCAACAAAGAGGCCUUUAAGUGUGAGGAGUGUGGCAAACACUAUAACACAAAGCUGGGCUACAAGCGCCACAUGGCCAUGCACUCAGCCACAGCCGGUGAUCUUACCUGUAAGGUGUGCUUGCAAAGCUACGAGAGCACGCCUGCACUCUUGGAGCACCUCAAGAGCCACUCAGGCAAGUCUUCAGGUGGUGCCAAGGAGAAGAAACACCCUUGUGACCACUGUGAUCGUCGCUUUUACACACGAAAGGAUGUUCGGCGACACAUGGUGGUUCACACGGGACGCAAAGACUUCCUGUGCCAGUACUGUGCCCAACGUUUCGGGCGGAAGGACCAUCUGACGCGGCAUGUCAAGAAGAGCCACUCGCAGGAGUUGCUGAAGAUCAAGACAGAGUCUCCGGAUAUGUUGGGUUUACUUGGGUCUGGUUCUUCACCUUGUGCUGUGAAAGAAGAGAUAAGUCCUAUGAUGUGUAGCAUGGGACCUAUCAAGGACUCGAUGAUGGCAAAGCCUUUCCAUGGUGCCACCCCUUUUCCCAUGGGCAUGUACAACACUCAUCAUCUCCAGGCCAUGUCCAAUCCUGGUGUGGGCCACCAUCACUCACUGGUUCCAGGGUCUUUAUCCACUGCCAUGGGGAUGGGUUGCCAUAUGGAGCCCCCAUCAUCACUGCACCACCAUCACCCACAUCAUCAUCACCACCCUCACCAUCAUCACCACUCCCCACCUCCACACCAGCAGCAGCCUACCCUGCAAAACCAGCAACAACAGCACCCUCAGCCACCGCCCAAGUACCAGCUCGGAUCUACCUCAUACCUGCUGGAGAAGCCCCUGAAGGUGGAGAUGGACAGUUUCCUGAUGGAUCUACAGAGUGGACUCCCAAUUCCUCCGCCGCCCUCAAUCGACCCCCACUCAGCAGCUUCGCCCAAUAAGGAGGGUAUGGAACCUCCGGCGGGACUGUCGGAUGACCUUUGCGGGGACCCCCUCAUGUCCAAGAGCCCCGCUGUCAUUGCUGAGUCUUUGUGUGCUGCUAACAUGGACUUUUCUCAUCUGCUGAGCUUUGUUCCACUCAGUCUGCAACCCUACGGUGCCCCCAUGAGUUCAGGAGGACUGGUCAUGGGUUACUCCACAUCCUCCACAAUUUCUUCCUCUUCUUCCUCAUCGUUGUCAGCAUCUUCGCAUGCUGCUGAACCACAUGCUGCCACAGCCACAGCUGCAGUGCCUCUUACCUCUUUGCAACCUCAACCUCAGGAGCAACCAGGCUCCGGUGGGGGUCUCAGUCUUGGGUCUCUGCACCCACUCCCACCAGUGUUCAGCUCUAGCCUCAGUACGACCACUCUGCCUCGCUUUCACCAGGCCUUUCAAUGAGGUCCCCAACCUGGCCUGCCACAGGGGCUCAGGGCAGAGGAGCAUUAGUGCUCCCCCUAGGGGUGGGGAGGUAGAACACUUGAACACAUAGAAGCCUUAACAAAAGCGCACAACAGCUUUGUAAUGAGCCUGGAGGAAAACAAGCAUAUGAA